AAUUGUCAUCAUGGACACGCCUGGCAUCUUUGACACCAAGGUACCAGCUGCCAACACUGAAAGGGAGAUUGCUCAUUGCAUCGUCCUGACUUCCCCAGGGCCUCACGAUGUGCUCCUGGUCGUCCGUCUGGGCCAGUACAUGUGGGAAGAGCAUAAAGUGGUAAAAAAGAUGCAGACGAUGUUUGGAUCCAAAGCCAGAAGGUACAUGAUUCUCGUCUUCACUUGGAAAGAUAACUUGGAUGGAAUGGAGUUUUAUGAUUAUUUAAAGGAAGCUCUUAAAGUCCUCCAAGAUCUGGUGGCUGAGUUCAGGGAUUGCCACUGUGUGCUCAACAAUAAGGCGACGAGGGCUGAGCAGGAGGCUCAGAGGGCCCACCUGCUGGACAUGGUGCAGCGCGUGGUGAUGGAAAAUGGGGGAGGGUUCUACACUAAUCAGAUGUUCCAAAGGGCUGAGGUGGAGAUUCAGAAACUGAUCCAUGUGAUACAAAAACAAAGCAGAGAUUAACUGGAGAGGGAGAAAAGGCAGUUAAGAGAGGAGUACAAGGAGAACAUCAGAAAGCUGCAGGAUGAACAGGAGCGGAUAAUGAGAAAGGCAGACAUGGAGCGCACCCUGGCAGAAAGGGAGAGAAGCUGUGCUGAAAGGCAGCAGAAUGCCAGAGUUGAAGCUGAGGGUCAGAAAGACAUA